CACUGUUUUGUCCUCAGCCGCCGCGGAGAGCUGUCACGGCCUCUCUAAGGAUGGAGCGUAUCGAUCGUUGGGCUCGUUCUGCGCGUUCCUGCCUGGUGCGAAGCUCGGUGCGGAGGGCCAUGCCUUGGGGGCUGCUGCUCCUCACGCUGGGCGGCUCCCUGGUGAAGGAAUGGGCACCGCUGCCCGAAUCCUACUUCAGCAACAAGCGCAACCUGCUCAACAUCUAUUUCGUCAAACUUGCCUGGGGCUGGACAUUAUGGCUGCUGCUGCCUUUCAUCAGUAUCACAAACUACUACGUCACCCGGAACACACUGGCAGUGUUGCGACGUAUCACCAGUCUGCUGGUCGGCACUGUGGUCUGGUAUGCAUGCACGAUGGUGUUUCUGCACAUUGAGGAUCUCACAAGCAGCUGCUAUAAAUCCCCAACCCUUGAUGUGCUGCACCGGCAGCAUCUCAGCAGACUGCAGUGUCAACAAGCUGGUGGCUUCUGGCAUGGUUUCGACAUCUCGGGGCACUCCUUCCUCCUCUCGUACUGCGCCCUAAUGAUCGUGGAAGAGAUGGCUGUGAUGCACAAUUUGAACACCUCCAGGAACCCCCGGCUACACAUGGUGCUCAACUGCCUGUUCUUGGCUUUGAGUUGCUUUAAAAUGAUCUGGUUGUUCAUGUUUGUGACCACUGCUGUAUAUUUCCAUAACUUCUCCCAAAAGCUUUUUGGCACCUUGGUGGGCCUCUUGGCGUGGUAUGGAACGUACAGGGUCUGGUACCUGACUCCUUUCUCUCCUGGACUUCCUCCCCAAAAUGUUAGUUUGAGCUCUCAAAAGCCCAAACGUAGCCUAUAAAAACAGUUCCUUGUGAGUCAGACUUUGUUUUAAGGAUUAUUAGUUAUUUGGUACAAAGUUCUUAAAACAAAGUGUAUUUAAAGGAAGGUGCAAAAGACCAAAUAUUUUUGUAUUCUGGCUAGAGGGCGUGGUCUAGUUCCAGAUAGAGAGGGUACUGCCCAGUUAC